AUACCCCGGCAUCUCAGAACACGUAGUAGUUCCUUGCGGCUACGCCGCUACUUUCCCCUUAUUGUAAUAGAAAUUGGUUGUAAUCACUUGCUGUCAUGCCGAAAGUUUGGAUUGGUAACUUAGCGAAGGAUGUCAUCGUGGAUAACAUUCAGAAAGUGUUGGACGACCACGGCCUCAUUCCUUCCGACAUUCAGCUGAAAAGGGGCUACGCGUUCGUCGAGUUCCCUACCCAGGAAACUACCGAUAGCGCUAUUAGCCAACUCAACGGAUUUUCUUUACUUGAGUCCGUCAUGCAAGUUGAGCCGUCAAUGUCUGCCAACAAAGGAAACAGUCAAACUAACGGUGGUCGACGAAUGACCAAUAAAAUCGCACUUAAGAACCUACCAUCAUACGUUAACCGGGAGGAGGUGAAAGGAAUGUGCGAUAAGUACGGGACUGUGCAGAAAAUCGAACAAGCGGCCGAAGGGGACGGACAAUUCAUUGUAACUUUCGAAUCUCCAGAUCAAGCCCAACAGGCUGUGGAUGCCAUCCACGGACAAGACUAUCAAGGACAGUGUAUGAAAGUACACCCAUUAUUCAACCGGGAUAAUCGCGAUCGCAAGAACAACAUGAACAGAAAUAAUGACAAUAGGGGAGGAAACGACAACAGAAAUGAUCGCGAUCGGGGUGAUCGCAGAAACAUGCGGAGGAAGGAUGAAUACCCCCUCAGGUAUACAACACCCCAAUCUAACGAAUUUAUGCACCGCAAAAAUUACGAUCUCGGUGGCAGACCUGGCCCUAACAACCAGAGGAGGAAGGACGAGUAUCCACUCAGAAUCCUGGUGAAAAGCGACUGCGUUGGUGCUGUUAUUGGCAGCAAGGGUGUAACAAUCACAGACAUAACAAAAAGGUGCAAAGCUGGUGUGGAUGUGCUAAGACAGUCAAAAGAAGAGAAGUUCAGACUGCCCGAAACGCCCAUCUUCAUCUACGGUAACCCUGAGAACGCGAGUAACGCCUGUAAAGAAAUCUUGUCAAUUGUACAGAAUGAAACUAAAGAAGACGCUGUUGUACUUAAACUGCUCGUUGAGGACCGACACUGUGGUAGCAUUAUCGGCAAGGGUGGGAAGAACAUCAAGACCCUGAGGGAAAAUAGCUGUGCUAAAAUCCAUGUCUCACAACAAAAUCCACAUCCCUUCAACUGGGAUCGUAUUAUUGAGAUUCGUGGCAGCCUGGAAAACGUGUGUGAAGCAGAGAAGGAAAUUAGCCAGAAGGUGUGCGCUUGCCAUCAAAAUGAGAAACGAAACGAGUUCCAGCCGAUGAUUCCAGUCCAAUAUAUGAUGCCACAUGCACACGGUGGGCCUGGUGGGAUGGGUGGAUAUGGUGGAGGCCACGGUGGGAACCAUUACAUGAACCACAGUGGUCGACCCUAUCUCCUUCCCCCUAAAGGUUUCAACCAAGGUGGUCACAUGGACAUGCAUAAUCCUUUGAAGUCCCAUGACAUGGGUCUACAGACUACUUAUCAAAUGGGUCACAACUUCCCAAACCAACCUUACCAGGGCGGCUAUGGUAAUCAGAUGGUCAAUGGAGGCAUGCAGGGGCCGUAUGGUGGCAUGCAGCAGGAGGCAGAGGAAGAAACGUUUAUCAAGGUUCCCGAUGGUGCUGCAUCUAUCAUCAUUGGCCCCAAGGGUAAUAACAUCCGGCAAAUCAAAGCAGAGUCUGGUGCAUACAUUCACAUCGAUCCCGAGAAGAAGGACAAGAACGACCCCACCCCACCUCGUAUCCCUGAAGGAGUUCCUGUACCUAAAGAUCCCAAAAUGAGAGUGAUAACUGUGAGAGGGUGUAGGGAUGCCCAAUGGAAGGCUCAUUUGAACGUAUUCACAUGCUUGAAAGCCCAAGGCUUCGCUGAAUGCAAUGAUGAAGUUCGACUAACAGUUAUGAUGAAAGUACCAUGUCAUUGUGUUGGCAAAGUGAUUGGCAAACAAGGUCACAAUGUGAAAACCAUCCAAAAGCAAACCGGUGCCAUUGUGAAGCUCCCCGAUGGUGACUCUAGUGUACAUUGCGGCUCUGAGGACUACAAGUUUGUCGAAGUGACUGGAAGUUACACUGCCACGCAAGCUGCCCUAUGCCGCAUCAAGUCCAAAAUAAAUCCACAAGGAAAUGGCGGCGGUGGCUAUCAAAACGAACGUGGUUAUCAAAACGAACGUCGUGAACAUCGGGAAGGUGGACACCCGGGCCAUCAUCACGAAGGUCCCCAUUACCACAACCACAAUGGAAAGUAACAACUGAAUCUUGACCCAUGGCAACCGAGAAAACCCCACAUGGUUCCACUUGUAGAUUUAGCAAAUCCAUACUAUAGUAUUUACAUGUCACCUCAGUUUGCUCCAAGUUUUGAACAGGGAUGGCUUGUGUAUUCCCUCGUUGGUUUGGCAAAUUCAAAACCGCAGAUAAGUGGUACGAUAAUGGCAAAAAGAGUACACUAUGCUGUGUAACACAAUCCUGUCGGAGGCAUGGGUAUUUUUGAAGGUUUUCUAGUAUGAUUUUAUAUUUAUACAAAAAAAAUUGCAAAAGCGAAAAUUUUAAGUUUGAUAAAACGAACUUAAAAAAAGAGGCCAUUGUCAAUGAUGUUUGAUUGUAAUGGCCUUUUGUGUAAAAAGAAGUUUAUUUUUUGAUACUUGUUGGCACUACUUUUUUGUUGAGCCUUUUUAAAAGGACGCGGCAACUUUUUUGGUUGAUAACAGGUGAUUUUACGAUAAAUAUCGUAGUAUGCCUACGGGCCUACUUUAACUACUACCAAAGUUAUUGAAAUAGUAGGAUAUAAGCCGCCUUUUCACCACCUACAUUAUACCACCUUAGGAAGGUCUUUCUUCUGGAGGGUUUAUGGUAAGCCCUUGGAGGACAGAUUCUGAAGAUUUUCAUUGGGUUGUUAUAAUCGCCCAGAGCUUCCUACAGAGUACCCUACAGUUUUGGCGAUUAAUCCUCCCCUCUAAGAAGUCUAUUGGUCCUUCAUGGGUGGAGUUGUCUGGCCCCCAAGGCUGUGAGAGUGCACCCAACAGCUGGCGUCAUUAACUACUGAUCCUGUUCUACCCUCUGAUGCCUGGCUUGGUUUGCGCUAGUGGUCUUGGGUGGCUGGGCCAAACAGCCUGUGGAACAGAACCUUCCCUUAUUGGUCCAUGGUAAAUGGUUAACAUCAAAGUUCGCAAAAAUAAGUAAGCUAUUGCUUGUUAAGUGAAGAAAUCUUCAAUUAUACACAUAAGAUUAUAUUCGGGUGUUGCGUAGAUUCUGGUGCCAAAUGGUAUCGGGCCUACCACACGGUCAUCAAACAGUGGAUCGUCGAAAAGCCGCAAAAACCGGUUGAUCGUCGAAUAAUGCAUUAUCAUCAUCAUGUACCCUCUGAUUAAAACCAAGAGCAAACUAAUGUUAAGAUAGUAGCGUUUCAGUUAUCUAGUUAUUCAUUUUAUGACCUAAUAAAUAUUUGGCUAACAGUUUGAAUGAUUACCAUGGUUGGAAUCUUGCAUUGGUUGUCUUAAAAAAGAAUGGUAAUCUGGCGAUCCCGUGUUGAUCCAAGACGCUGACACAGGCCAUAAUGGCAUACAAGAACAGUUUGCUCACUUGACCUGCUAGUCAUGUCUUGAGUUCCAUGCAAACUAGAAUACACCUUCAGCUAAAAUUCACAACCGGUAAUGUUGUGCUCUGACUGCAGUGUUUAUUUGUUCCAUUUGUCUUUGGAUCAACUAGAGGUCGACCAGAGUAUAAAUGGCAAAGCAGGAGCUCUUUGGGCCUGGUCUGUGCGUUCAGAUUCUAACUCCUUGAUACUGCGGGAUUAUGAUCUGUUGAGCCAGGGCCUUCAGCCGCAAGAGCACUGCCUGCCACAUUGCAAAUUGAGGCAUACAUUUUCGGUAUUAUGCCUUUUGGCUGUCGGGAUGCCUCUGGUAACACCAAGUGACAAAAUGAGUCGGGAUAAAAAUGAGCCAAGUCGGGGUAAAAUUUUUCUUCUGGCUUUCUACACAUGUAUUUUUGCAGUUUGUUGUAAUUCUCAUUAUUUUGCUAUAUAGACUAGGUUACAGUGCUGUAUUUUCUUUUUCCGAGUGGUAACAUUGAUUACAUUAUUUCAAAGCGUAAUUUGUCUUGGUCAUUCCGCCAAAAAAAUGCAAAGAAAAUUUACUAUAAAAAGGAGUUGAUUGACCUUAAACUGUGGGUUGUUUGCAUGUUGCUAAAACCGCAUGCAAACCAACCAUUGCUUGUUUACUAUUUCAUAAUAUUGCAUAUGAACAUUUUCUUGAAGAUUUGACAUGAAAUAUCAUAAAUUUCAUUGACACCCAGCAGAAUAAUGCGGGUCUGCAUUCUUCGAUGAAUUCGAUAGUAAGAUUUUUCAUUUUAUGUGCAUGAUGAAUUAUUGUAGGAUAACUACGACAAUAGUAAAGUUGGCCGUAAAUGAACUUGUUGUAUAAGACUUGUGACAAAAUGCUCUGAUGAGGAGCAGAAUUUUGAUUGACAAUUGAUUGAAACCUGUACUUGAUAAUUGAUUAUGUGUUCUCUAAAACUUAAUUCACACUAUUUUGGAGUUUUUGGACAAUCGCUCUGAUGGUUUCAGGGGUGACACUCCUUCCUGUCAAUUUGCACUGUUACAGAAUUGCGUUAAAGUGUUGACUACCUAUUUCAAAUCAUGAAUAACUGGUUUGUCUUCGAACCUCUAAGAGCAUUAAAUCAGUAAAGUUGUCCUUUCUGGUACUGAGGAGAAUUGUGACAGUAAUUGACUUGAUUUCAAAUUGUGAUUCUUUCCCCUCAAAGUUUUCCUCUAAAAAAGUUCACUGUUUGAAAAUUUAUUCAAGACUGGUCCAACAAGUUUGAAUAUUGUCUAGCUAGGGACUUCAUUGGAUUCCUGACUUUUCCAUGAAAUUCCGAUGACUUGUUAGGUCUACAGAAUUUUCCUCAGUACCGGGAAGUUAAAAACUGCUACCUGCUACAUAGCAGUCUUAAUUAGGAAAAUACGAAGAAUCGACUUGACGUUUCACUGCUAUGUAACAGUUAUGACAGAAAUUAUGGAUUUUUACGCUUGCCUCAAAACUGGAGGAAGUGGCGUACAUUUUCACAUUAUACUACUUUACUACUAUAACUACUUGUAUGUAUAUACUUGUCAACAUAUAACCACAAAAGCAGAAGAAAAAUUGUCUCAUUCAGUUAGAAUUUAACAUUUUCUCAUCUUACAAAUCAAUGGGUUGGGUGGCUUUUCUUAAUACCGUGUUCGAAUCGGGCACAAAAAUAUGUCAAACAGGCGGCAUGAACUUUUUGAUUCCCAAUAUUGGACGAACAUUAUAAACUUUUGAAGACUUGGCUCAUUUUUCUUAAGACAACCAAACGUUUUCUUUUAUAAUAUGUUAGAGAAUUAUUACAUGAGUCUUAUCAUACGGUUUACAUUAUUAUCAGACAUAGGUUUCUUGUGCAUAAAUAUACCCUUUGUAGAUGUUAAGUCGUCUUCACAUUUUGAAACAAAGCAGUUGGACGUUGAAAAUGUCGACAUUGAUUAACCCUCGAUGAAAUCCUGACGUGUUUUAUGGCGCAGCUCAUCCCAGCAUGUUCCUGGAUUCCUUGUUAUUGACAAGAACAACUGCAAAAAAUAUCGACACGUAAAGAAUAAAUGGUAGUAAAACGGAGAUAGGUUGCCAUGUAAACAAACAAAGAAACAAAGAAACAAGAAUCUUCGGUCAAGUGGACCUUUGGGUGAAUUGUUCAGUUCCUUUUCUGUUCAAGUCUCCUUUUCUACCAUGAAAUAAAUUAUUCUAGCAAA